CUUUUCACAUAAUAAUAAUCCACCUGAGCGACGAAGCUUGGCACUGCUCACAAAUGGAGGAAGAGACGAAGAAAAAACGUAUCGAAGAGGCAAAAACAGGGUUUGGUUUGCUAAGCGAAGAUAUAGUUGAAAAGAUACUGAGAAGAUUACCAGCCCCAUCGCUGGCAUCAGCGGCAUGCGUCAGCAAAUUAUGGUACCAGAAUUGCAAUCGAAUCCUUUCUCGACCAAAGCUCGCCUCUGCUAUAUCUCUCAACCCUUCCCUUGACAUUGCUGUUCAAGAGGUUCUUGAUAAAGUUCUCUCGGAGCCCAUUCGACCACAUUUUGCCAUUGCAAAUGGUUUUGGCAGUACCUUCUGCCUGCAGAAAGCAUUUGAUUUGUUAGCAGGAAAACUGGGUUCCAGGACUCCUCUUAUCGUAACCUGGGCCAAUGGAGUCAUGGGAAGAGAUGCUCUUACCAAUGAGUUCAGAGAGGUCAUGGGGGGAGAUGAUUGUAGUGAUUGUGAUGACAAGCAUAUGGAUGCCAAUUCUGGUAUCCUUUUGACUGUGGGCUUUUUACCUGGAUUGCAAGUUGAGGCCAUCCCUCUGUUAAGACGAACGCAGGCACCUCGAGUAUCAAUGGCUGAUGACCUUGUGGUGGACAUUCGGAGCUACACAGUUUUGGCUUCAGGUUGCACAUCGCCAGUUGGAAUCAUAAUGUUUGGAGGUGGAGAUAUUGACCUGAAACCUAUCAUUGAGAAAUUGGAUUAUGCCAUGUUGAAGGAAACUAUUAUUGUUGGUGAUGAGAAAACUGAAUUUUUGUACAGAAGUGGCAUGGAAUCAAAAAAUGUCUGUGAGAGCAAGAAAUAUUUUUCUGAUGCUGUUGCUCUUGUGUUUGCAAGGGAUAGAGAAAAAGCUCAUGGAAUAGGGGAAAUUCAAUUCCAUGCUGCAUUAUCAAAUGGUGUUUCUGCAAUAGGUCCAAGGUAUAAAGCAGCUUCUGUUAGAGUGAAUCAUCGUGAUUGUACUACUUGGCUCACUGCCAGACAAGAAGGGCAACAUGAGAUUCUUGAUGGUCAAAGGAUUUUAAAUGACAUUAAUGAUGAGUUGGAAAAUCGCAAUGGAGGUGCUGAUCUAUACAUUGGGGUUACAAAACUCAGAAAAUGCUCUAUUGAGAGAGAGAAGCCAAGGUUGAUGUCAUACUUGGCUUUCCAUGGAGUCAUGGGAGGAGAUGAAGAGUACCUUUUUGUUUAUGGUGCUGGCAUCAGAACUGCAGACUAUUUCCAAUUUUAUCAUUCAGAUCCAAACACUGCAUUAACUUCAUGCAGUAAUGUUUCUGUGAACCUGAGAAACUUGAAGCUAGAUUGGAAUUCCAAAAAGGGCCUUCAUCCAACAGAUGUUGCUAAUGAAUGUAAGAAGGAAUGCAUAGGAGGUUUUAUUUUUGCGUGUUGUGGACGUGGUGAAUCAUUUUUUGGGCGGCCCAAUGUUGAUAGUUCUCCACUAUUGGAGAAUUUUCCAGGGGUCCCAUUGGCAGGAAUAUUUUGUGGCGGGGAAAUAGCCCGUGGCAUUUCAAUCUUGAAUGCGCAUGGAGGGCAAGAAGAAAGCACUCCCAGUUGUCUGCGUGUGUUUAGCACAGUAUAUAUGGUGCUGUCAUAUGCCCCGGCAUCUAUGGAGCAUUAGAUCCUGUUCAUGAUUGUGUCUCAAAUGGAUGGAAGGAAUCAGACUAUCAGAGAUAUGACUCAACUAUAAAUAGCUGAUGAUGCUUCUUUUUCUUAUCUCCAUUUUCUUAAGGUGGUAGUGGGCAUGUUUCUGACUGUCUUGCAAGUAAAACCAUCCGAAGCCACUCAUCAGACAGGGAUGCUGGGAUGAGCCUUUAUGCGAUGCAAAUCUUUGUCGUCUCACUGUUUUGUUAUUAUCUUUUCUAGGGUUCUAAGAACUGGGUUGUAGUAUGUUUGAGUGUACUGGAUGCUUAGUAGAUCACUAUGCAUUUUAUCAGGGUCAACAUACAUAGAAUUAUGUUGUAUGGUUUGAUAGAAUUGUUGUGAAAUAAAUGUAUUUCGUCUUUCUGAAA